UACGCGAUUUUUGCAGAAGAUAAGCCUAGCUGCGUCUGCGUUUCUGACCAUUGACACAAAGUGAAAGCGGGGAGGAAAUGGCACAGACGCUGGCAAUGCCUCUGGCACCCUCGCUCUCCGUAAUCUGCAACGGACCAAACCCUAGUUUCUCCUCUAAAUGCCUUUCAUUCUCAGUUUCAACCCCUCCUAAGAUUCGUGGUCUAAGCAUUAAAUGUGUUCGUGUUGGAAAUGUGGAGAUCCCAAAUAACAAGAGGGUUGAGUACUCUCUUCAGUAUAUACAUGGGAUUGGCCGUAGCACAGCUCGCAAAAUCCUUGGUGACCUCAACAUUGCAAACAAAAUCACCAAGGACUUAUCUGAGGAAGAACUCAUUACAGUGCGUGACCAAGUCUCCAAAUAUAUGAUUGAAGGCGACUUGAGGCGGUUCAAUGCACUGAAUAUAAGGAGAUUGAAGGAGAUUCAGUGCUACAGAGGGAUGCGGCACAUUCAAGGGCUGCCGUGUAGAGGACAACGAACGAAGAAUAAUUGCCGGACCUUGAAGGGUAAGAGGGUUGCUAUUGCUGGAAAGAAGAAAGCUCCACGUUAAGCAAAUAGGUUUUGCUUCUUCUGUAAUUGAUGAACUGUUGUCUGGUUUUGUAUAUGAAUCAGCUUAUGCUAAUUGCUUUCAGUUGAUCUGAUUCAGUUUAUCUGUUUAUGUAAUUGUGAACUGAUCUGUUGAGGUGCAUCAUCUAACCUUCUGUUUUGUAUUAUCUUGUUUCUUUCUGGAAUUGAGGUUCUUGGCAGUA